GGGUGGUGGGGGAACGACCCGGCGGCGGGAGGCGCAGUGGCUGAGGCGCGUCUGCGCCGGUGACCAGAAUUAGGUAGACCAUGACUGUGCCUUCGGUGGUGUCACUCGCUGAGCCGCUUUUCCUGAGAUUUCCCUAAGCCAUCUCCUGGUGGAACUGUUCCCAGAUUUUAUCCACAGUGCUUGUGGAAAAGAUGGCUGAUAUUAACCUUAAAGAAGUAACCUUGAUAGUAGGUGUGGUUACUGCCUGCUAUUGGAACAGCCUCUUUUGUGGAUUUGUUUUUGAUGAUGUUUCGGCAAUACUGGAUAAUAAAGACCUGCAUCCAUCUACACCUUUAAAAACUUUAUUUCAGAAUGACUUCUGGGGAACCCCUAUGUCUGAGGAGAGAAGCCACAAGUCUUACCGACCCCUAACAGUAUUGACAUUUCGCUUAAAUUAUCUGUUUAGUGAACUAAAACCAAUGUCAUAUCAUCUCCUAAAUAUGAUUUUUCAUGCUGUGGUUAGUGUGAUAUUUCUUAAAGUCUGCAAGCUUUUUCUGGACAACAGGAGUAGUGUGAUUGCUUCUUUACUUUUUGCAGUGCACCCAAUACACACAGAAGCAGUAACUGGCGUUGUAGGAAGAGCAGAACUCUUGUCAUCUAUCUUUUUUCUAGCUGCAUUUUUGUCAUAUACCAAAUCAAAAGGACCAGAUAAUUCCAUAGUAUGGACUCCAAUUGCUUUGACAGUGGUUUUAGUUGCUAUUGCAACAUUGUGUAAAGAACAAGGAAUAACAGUUGUGGGAAUUUGCUGUGUGUAUGAAGUAUUUAUUGCCCAGGGGUAUACUUUGCCAUUAUUAUAUACUACAGCCGGACAGUUUUUCCGUGGAAAGAGUAGUAUUCCAUUGUCUAUGCUGCAGACACUAAUAAAACUCAUUGUUUUGAUGUUCAGUACACUACUACUUGUUGUGAUUAGAGUCCAGGUCAUUCAGUCCCAACUUCCAGUAUUUACCAGGUUUGAUAACCCAGCUGCUGUAAGUCCAACUCCUACAAGGCAGCUUACUUUUAACUACCUCCUUCCUUUGAAUGCUUGGCUUCUAUUAAAUCCUUCGGAACUCUGCUGUGAUUGGACCAUGGGAACAAUACCACUUAUAGAGUCAUUUCUAGAUAUUCGAAAUCUUGCCACAUUUACUUUCUUUUGCUUUUUGGGGGCUUUGGGGGUAUUCAGUCUCAGAUACCCUGGUGAUUCUUCCAAGACUGUUUUAAUGGCACUUUGUCUAAUGGCAUUACCAUUUAUUCCUGCAUCAAACCUUUUCUUCCCAGUUGGAUUUGUUGUUGCUGAGCGAGUAUUAUAUGUUCCUAGCAUGGGGUUCUGUAUUUUGGUAGCCCAUGGGUGGCAGAAAAUCUCAAACAAAAGGUGCAUUAAAAUUGCAUUAAAAAAGCUAUCCUGGGUUUGUCUGUCUAUGGUGAUAUUUACUCAUGCCUUAAAAACACUCCACAGAAAUUGGGAUUGGGAGUCUGAAUAUACAUUGUUUAUGUCAGCCUUGAAGGUAAAUAAAAAUAAUGCCAAAUUAUGGAAUAAUGUGGGUCAUGCUUUGGAAAAUGAAAAGAACUUUGAGAGAGCUUUGAAAUACUUCUUACAGGCUACACAUGUUCAGCCAGAUGAUAUUGGUGCUCACAUGAAUGUAGGAAGAACUUAUAAAAAUUUAAAUAGAACCAAAGAAGCUGAAGAAUCUUACAUGAUGGCUAAGUCCUUGAUGCCCCAAAUUAUUCCUGGUAAAAAAUAUGCAGCCAGAAUUGCCCCUAACCACCUAAAUGUUUAUAUUAAUCUGGCCAAUCUGAUCAGAGCAAAUGAGUCCCGGCUGGAAGAAGCAGAUCAGCUGUACCGGCAAGCAAUAAGCAUGAGACCCGACUUCAAGCAGGCUUAUAUUAGCAGAGGAGAAUUGCUUUUAAAAAUGAAUAAACCUCUUAAAGCAAAAGAAGCAUAUCUUAAAGCACUAGAGCUGGACAGAAAUAAUGCAGAUCUUUGGUACAACUUGGCAAUUGUUCAUAUUGAACUUAAAGAACCAAACGAAGCCCUAAAAAAUUUUAAUCGUGCUUUAGAACUAAAUCCAAAGCAUAAGCUAGCAUUAUUUAAUUCUGCUAUAUUAAUGCAAGAAUCAGGUGAGGUUAAACUCAGACCUGAAGCUAGAAAACGUCUUCUUAGCUAUAUAAAUGAAGAGCCACAAGAUGCUAAUGGUUAUUUCAAUUUGGGAAUGCUUGCCAUGGAUGACAAAAAGGACAGUGAAGCAGAGAUGUGGAUGAAGAAAGCCAUAAAAUUACAGGCCGAUUUUAGAAGUGCGUUAUUUAAUCUGGCUCUCCUUUAUUCUCAGACUGCAAAGGAAUUAAUGGCUUUGCCAAUUUUGGAAGAGUUACUCAGAUACUAUCCUGAUCAUAUCAAGGGUCUCAUUUUAAAGGGAGACAUUCUGAUGAAUCAAAAGAAAGAUAUACUUGGAGCAAAAAAAUGUUUUGAAAAAAUUUUGGAGAUGGAUCCAAACAAUGUGCAAGGAAAACACAAUCUUUGUGUUGUUUAUUUUGAAGAGAAGGACUUACUAAAAGCUGAAAGAUGCCUGGUUGAAACAUUGGCAUUAGCACCACAUGAAGAAUAUAUUCAACGUCAUUUGAAUAUAGUCAGGGAUAAAAUUUCCUCAUCUAGUUUUGCAGAACAGCCAGUAUCCCCAGCUGGUAAGACUUCAGGUGGAGAAGGAGACAAAAUUCCAACUGAAAAUGUAAAAGAAGUAAGAAGUGAACCUAGACCUACACAGAUCAUAAAAUCAAGUGAUAAUAAAAGUCAAUCUAAGUCCAACAAACUAUCAGGAAAAAAUACAGACAAAGAGACCCCCCAUAAAACAACAAAAGAAAUCAAAGAAAUUGAGAAGAAAAGAGUUGCUGCUUUAAAAAGACUAGAAGAGAUUGAACGUAUUUUAAAUGGUGAAUAGUAUAAUUUAUCAUGUGACAAUGUCUUCAAAGAACUUCAGUCUCUUACGUGAUUGCUUAUACUGGGAGCUUUGAAAAAAUAACAAGUGUACACAUAACAAUCAGUCUAUCAUGAGCUGCCUCUACAUAGGAUCAGAAUACGAUUUUCAUUAAAUACCUGUCUUACCCCAGGGUAUGUAUUAUAUAAGAUAUGACAGUAGUUUUCUGAGUUUUGGUGAAUAUAGCAGAAACACUAAGUUACAGUUGGCAAAUUUGUAUCUUUUAUGUAGAAGGAAGAUUCUUCCUGCAGAGUAAUCUUGACUACUCUCAAUUAAAAAUAAUAUAAAGCCUGAAUGAUUAACUCUUGGGGGCAAAUUCAACAUAUGCUGGCUUAUUCUGUGAAUUUGCAUUUAUUAGUUGACUUUAGUACCUUCUGUUACCUGUUGGAAUCUGAGUAGUGAAAUGAAUAGUGAAUUGAAAACACUAUUGAAUACAUUCUUUUUUUCUUUGGUAGCUUCUAUUUAACGAAGGAACUUUGCACCACAAAAGAAUACUGGCUUCCUUUAUGUUAUGUUCCUUGGUUGAUUUUUUAGAAGGACUGCCAGAUGAAACUUUUUAAAAUCAAUCAUGUGACAUGGUAGUUUAAGAAUGUAUUUUCAUAGUUGUAUGCUUGUCCUUAACUUUACUCUGAAAUGCAAUUUUUAAUCAGGUAAAGUUUGAAAUACAUAUAUAUACACAAAUACAUAUAUAUAUACACACAUACAUAUAUAUGUAUAUAUACACACACAUUUCUAAUGGUGCUCAUAUAUACUGUAUUUUUAUUUUUUUACAUACUGAGAGUUUCACAGCAUGAUCCCAUGUAAAUCAUAACUAUGUUUGAUUUUUUUACUCCUCAAACUAUGAAGGUUUAUUAGGGUCUAGUCAUAUUGAAAAAGUCCCAAUAAUUACAACUUCAUUUAAACUUUCGAGUUAAAAGAUUGUAAGAUUCUCUUUCAUCUGAGUGUUCUCUCUCUAGUGUUAUUUGAAUUUUAAUUGUUUCAAAAACAUACUUUAAUCAUUCUUAGAUACUUUAAGCAACUAAAUUGAGUUUUUUAUUUAACUGAAGGCAAAACAACGUGACGAAGUUUUAUUUUUAAACACUUAAGUUCUUGAUAUCUUCCUAUGAUGUAUAUUUUUUUAAAUAUUUAUUUUGACUACUGAGAUUUCAUAAAAAUUUUAAAGCUGUUUUAAUUCCGUCAACUAUGGAAAACAAAUUGCUAUUGUAUUUUCCUAUAUAUGCAUAUAUUACAGUUUAACCAAAAUUGUAUCAAUUUUUGGCCUAUUUUCCAGCUACAAAAGGUAAUUAGCCUCCUAAGGAUUAAUAGUUGAUUUUAACAAAUUUAAACCUGAAAACUGUUAGGUUGAAGAGUAGAUGUAAAUCAAAUUUAUUAAUUUAUAUCUGAUUUUUUUGAGUUAAAAUACAUUUCAAAAGAGUUUUACAAUACUUAAUAAAGUUGGUUUUCAUUUAAAAUGUUAAAGCUCAAGCUAUCAUCCUGAGAUAAUAACUGAUUUCUAAUUAUGUAGAAUUUCAAAAACUAUAUUUCUUUUCCUUUGGGAUAACUAAUUUCUAAUUAUGUUUCAAAAAUAAUAUUACUGUAAGUUUUUAUAAAGAAAUAUUUUCUAAAUAGGUCACAAGAAAUAUAGUCUGCAUUAAAGACCCACUCUUACUAGCUUCCCUGAGGUUGUGUCAUAGAUUUUUUUUUUUUUAGGCAAUUUAAAUCAAGCACUGAUACCAGUCAUAGUUUAUUUUUGAUUUAGGAGAUUCUGUUCAGGAUUUAAAGCAAUACCCAGUUUCGGUUUUUAAAUUAUGGCUUUGUGACUCCAGAUAUAAGAUGGAGAAUACCUCAUAUACUAUGACUUGAAAAACGAAAUCUAUGUUAAUCUUAUGUUCUCUCCACAUAUCUUGAGAAAAUGUUUGUUUGAUCUCUUCUGUUACAGUAUCAAGUGAGGGUAAUUCAGAAAAGUAGAAGAAAAAUCUUUCAUGACAGCAGAUCAUAAUAAGAGCUUUGAGUAAUAUUUUAAUAAAAUUGUAUAACUAUUCAAAAGAUAAAAA